AUGCUGCGAGGCGUUCAAGGAUUCUGCUGUCUGGCGGUUCUGGUGGCGUUGGCCGCCUGCAGCGCACCUCUGGUUCCGUUAGACGACAUAGUAAUUGAGAAGACUUUCGUCCCGGAGAAGUGCACGCGCGCCGUCAAAGUGGGUGACUACGUCCGGUACCACUACAACGGCAUGUUCCCGGACGGCAAGAAGUUCGACUCCAGUUACGAUCGCGGCAGCACCUACAAUGUGUUUGUGGGCAAGGGGCAGCUGAUCCAAGGCAUGGACAAAGCUCUGGUGGGCAUGUGUGUCAACGAAAGACGACUGGUCAAAAUUCCACCGCAACUCGCCUACGGGAAGAAAGGAUACGGUGACAUCAUCCCAGCGGAUGCCAUCCUCCAUUUUGACGUGCUGCUGCUGGACGUGUGGAACCCUGAGGACGGCGUGCAGAUCAAUACAUACCACACCCCCACCGUCUGCUCCCGCAAGGUGAUGGUGUCCGACUAUGUGCGCUACCAUUACAACGGCACGCUGCUCGACGGGACGCUGUUUGACUCCAGCCACACCCGAAUGCGGACGUACGACACCUACGUGGGCAUCGGCUGGCUGAUCGCCGGCAUGGAUCAGGGCCUGCUAGGAAUGUGCGUGGGCGAGAGGCGCAUCAUCACCAUGCCACCUUCGCUCGGUUAUGGCGAGAAUGGAGACGGUAGCGACAUUCCUGGUCAGGCAUCCCUGGUCUUUGACGUUGUCCUGCUGGAUCUGCACAACCCCAGCGACGGCAUCACCAUCACCAACCAGAAGGUGCCUGAGUCGUGCCCGCGUAAAUCGGUGGAAGGAGACUUUGUGCGCUACCACUACAACGGCAGCCUCCUUGACGGAACCUUCUUCGACUCCAGCUAUUCUCGUAACCGCACAUACGACACCUACGUGGGUCGCGGCUACCUCAUCGCUGGCAUGGACGAGGGUCUUAUCGGCGUGUGCAUGGGCGAGAGACGAACCGUCACCAUCCCGCCCCAUCUGGCCUACGGCGAGGAGGGCACCGGCUCGAAGAUCCCCGGCUCGGCCGUGCUGGUGUUCGACGUGCACAUCAUCGACUUCCACAACCCGUCGGACAGUGCUGCGGUCACAGUCACGAGCAAGCCGGACGCUUGCGACAAGCUGACCAAGAAGGGCGACUUUGUCAAAUACCACUACAAUGCCACGCUCAUGGACGGCAGCCCUAUUGACUCCACGUACAACUAUGGGAAGACGUACAACAUCGUACUGGGUGCCAACCAGGUCGUCCCCGGGAUGGAGGAGGGGCUGCUAGGAAUGUGCGUGGGGGAGCGGAGGCACCUGGUAGUCCCACCGCACCUCGGAUACGGAGAACAAGGAGUUAUCGACGAGGUUCCUGGCAGUGCGGUUCUGGUGUUCGACAUCGAGUUGAUGGACAUGGAGGACGGCCUUCCUGAAGGCUACAUGUUCAUCUGGAACCAGGAGGUGAGCGGCGACCUCUUCACCGAGAUGGACAGCGACAAGAAUGAGCAGGUGGAACAUACUGAGUUCAGCGACUACAUCCUACGCCAAGUGAGUGAAGGCAGAGGCCGCCUGGCGCCCGGUUUCGACCCGCAACGCAUCAUCGACAACAUGUUUAACAACCAGGACCGCGACAGCAACGGCAAGAUCACCGCCGCGGAGUUCAGGCUCAAAGCCGAUGAAGCCGCCUCGCACGACGAGCUAUGACGGGACUCAAAUCGGGAGAUGAGAGGGGAGGUGAAGGGUUUUGGGGAGGGUAGAAGUUCUUUUGUUUUUUUAAAAGACUGGCAGAAUGCUCAAGUGAGCCAUAUGAGAUUUUACAUCAGGGUGAGGAAGUUUUCUUUUUGGGCAGUAUUUUGAAUCUACUAAAGGUCAUACUAAAUUGAUGAAAAUAAUCUCCAACUGUUAGCUUUAGAUUUAGUGUUUAUUUGUACAAAAAGUGCUGCAGUGUAUGACAACCAAGCCACCAGUUACAUCCUUUCUUGACCGCAUUUCUACCUGAAUUACAGGGUAAUCGACACUUAGCCCAACCACAGAUGUCAUGGGUACUUGCGAAGAACAAAACAACCCCGAACGCAAGUAUUCCUUAACUUUAUGAUACGAAUUGACGUCAUUCCGAUAAAAGUUCAGUUGGAAGUGAGUGAGUUUGUGUCAGGGAAAAAAAACAAGAUAAACACUCCAUUCAGCGAAGUCAUUAAAGUCAUCAAGACUUUUGUUGUUUUCUGUUUAUCUUAUCAGUUUGACUACAUGUGUGUACAGAUGACAAUAGGAAAGUAUAUGGUUGUUUUAUGGGGUGUUACAUUCCGAGUCGGUUGAAGGAUUCCACCCUCAACCAACAAACACAUUUCGUGCAAUGACUGAUAACUUGUGUGUUUCUUGAACUUUAAAUAAAAACAAACAACAGAUGAGAAAAAAAAACAAGUCCCAAGAGUGCUGUUGACGAGAGCAUGCUGAUAAAUUUGCUCAAAUCUGGCAUGUGUAUUACUG